AGGUAGCCUGGGAGAGAGGAGGAAAAUUAUAAUCAUAGCGGGCGUGGAAGAGCAAAGGCGAAACCUUGAAGUAAAUCGUUUUGUGAGAGGAUCUCCGCUCGCCGAAGGAGACAACCCCUCCACCAUGUCAUCUGACCAGACAUCUCAAUCUACAGUACCACCUCUUCACUCUCCAAAGUCACCUGUGUGGCCCAUUUUCCCAUUCAAUAGGGAGGGAAGCCGGAUUUGUGAGAGGGGUACUCACCUUCUUCGGGACUUACCCAGCCCCCUUCCCACAAAAAGAACAAGGACUUACUCUGCGACGGCUCGUGCCUCUGCUGGCCCCAUUUACAAAGGUGUGUGUAAGCAGUUUUCACGCUCCCAGGGCCAUGGUUUCAUCACCCCAGAGAAUGGCACAGAAGACAUAUUUGUACAUGUUUCUGACAUUGAGGGGGAAUAUGUCCCAGUAGAAGGAGAUGAGGUCACAUACAAAAUCUGUCCCAUCCCACCAAAGAAUCAGAAGUUCCAGGCUGUGGAGGUGGUGCUCACCCAUUUAGCACCACAUACAAAGCAUGAAACAUGGUCAGGCCAAAUAAUUGGCUCAUAAACUGCUUCUUGAGCCUGCAGGCCAUCAGGAAGCGGAGUUGAAUGAUAUGGUGGGUGGUGGAACUGCUGGAGCAACGGAAGAGCCAGGCUGGCAAUUUUUGUUUGCUGUGUGACAUGUUUGCAAUUUUAUCUUGUGUUUUCUAAGAUUUAACCUUUAGUUUGUAAACGUGCUUUUUUGUUAUAGAAGGCAGGCAAGCAAGAAGUGGAAAAGUGUUGCUGGGUAGAUUUACUCUUAAGUCAUGAGCUCCUGACUGUACCCAAUUGGACAAAAGAAAUAUACUAUCAAAGUAGUAUUUAUUGGCCACUAAGACUGAUAUUUAUCUGGUUGCUAUUUCAUUCAUAAUGAAAUCGUCUAUUAUCCUGUCCCUUUACCAAAAUUUUCCCUUACAUCCUCAGCAGGGGCUGUUGCAUUGUCAUUGCACCCUUCUCAGCCAGAACAGGCACUCAAUUAAAUGGUAAUGAAAUGGUACUUUUCAGGGCACAAUUCUGUAUGGUACAAACAUAGUGAAGCUGUCAUUCUUCCAGAACUUUUCUAAAUCAUACAAUCUGCAGGGAUGCUUGAAGGUUUUUUUUGUGUGUGGGGGGUGCAUUUCUUACAUGUAUAGUCAUAUGCAAAGAAAGCACCUACAGGCUUGCUCCUGCACAUGGAUGGCACUUCUCAAGAUUUCUGUUCAUCUUUGGCUGAGCCUGAGAUCAAUGGCUUGGUUACCACUGUUGUGUAUAUGAUUAUUGGUCUAGUUGCAGAUCUUCUUUCAAAAACAUUUCAUGCACAGUACCUGAAGUAGUUAUGUAGUAAUCCAAUAGAAUGUAACACUAAGGAAGGAGCAUUUCUAAAGACAAAUUGGUAACUCACUGUGAUGUUUUUUUCAAAUAUGUCUAAAAAUGGGUGGAGGGAUUUUUUGGUCAUGUAAAAGAUCUUACCAAGUUCAAAAUUAGUAUCUUCUGCUUGUUGUUAUGCAAGUGAGUCAGUAAAAUUUUGCAAAUAAUUCUUUGCUGGAGGUGGUUGAAGGAGGAAUCUUUCUAAACCUUUUAGUCUCAAAUGGACUUUAAUUUUUUUCUAUAUGCGCUGCAGUGGUUUGUCCCAGGUAGCCUGAACUGUAGCAGGAUCUUGCUUCCAGACUGUUGUGAUAUAUAUUCAGGUUAUACUUAACAAAAAGGUUUCUUGUUUCUGCUCUUACUUGUAAACUAAGUUGCAUCUGUUUUUUUAAAUGGUAGCAAAAUAUAAUACAGGAAUGGUAAUAUAUUUUUUUCCAUUAAUUGUAAUUAAAAGUGUGUGUCUAAGAGUAAGGGUAUUCUGGAAUUCAGCCUCUACUGAAAUGUGUUAUUUUGCUGACAUUGCAUUUUUCAUAUAUAUCACAGUGUUAAGUAUUACCCAUGAUUGCAUUUGCAUCUACUGAAAGUAAUACAUAAUAAUAAAAUCCCCUGCAGAUGAAGCUGUUUUUUUUUAGAAGACUAUAUUGUUGUAACAUUCAAAAGAGACUAGAAUGGACUUCUUAACAUGGUAACCUCCAGAUGUUACUGGGAGCUGCAGUUCCAACACAUUUGGAAUGUAUCAGGCUAGGAAAAUCUGAAAUAAAAUCAGAAGGAAGCA